CUGGGCCCGGGCUGGAGCCGGGAGGGAGGGCGGGCGGGAGCUGCUGCCGGAUUCACCGACGCAGCAGCUGGAGCCCGAGCCGCCGCGGAGCGGCCGGGAGGACAGUCCCUGCCGGAGGGAGCCGGAGUCGAGCCGAGUCGAGCUCACCGCCUGGCACCGGCCGCCGGAGCGCGGGCCUGGGCACUGCCGGAGGCGGGGAGCCGCGCCUCCUGGGCAUCGCAGGACACCACGGGGUGCCCGCAGCCUGGAUUGCUCCUGCUAGGCCUGGUCAUGGCCUGAGCGCGCAGGAGAGCCCGGGAUCCGGAGCGGAGAGGAAGAAGAACCAGGAUUCCUCUCAGCCUGGCGUGGGCACGCUAGGUAGGGAGAAGAGGAGAGACUUCACCUGGCACAGGGCAGCGGUGCCCGGAGCUUACUAGGCCAGAGAGCCUGGCAUCCCGGCAGCCACGACCUGGGGACUCUGCACAGCUGCUGGGCCUGGGCUGGCGGGCACGGGCCUGGCAGAGGAGUUCCUGCUCGCUCACCUGUCUGCAAGGGAGGCCGGGAGCUGAGAAGCCAGGACCUGGCCCGGCCCAGAGGGGGGCUCUCUGGUGGCUCUGGGGAGCCGGCCUCCUGCCCCAGCCCCGGCCCCGUGGGUACGGAUGUGCCGCUGUCCUCGGGGGCACCAUGACAGCAGGAUGACCUCUGCGGAGACCGCGGCGGCGGCCGGCAGUCCUCGGGGGGCUGGGUCCCCCGCGGGGCCCCCUGACACCCCCGAGGCCCCCGGGCGGCCCGGCCGGGCCCGGGUGGCCACGGCAGCCCUGGUGUGGCUGCUGGCGGGGGCCGGCAUGUCCAGCCUCAACAAGUGGAUCUUCACGGUGCACGGCUUCGGGCGGCCCCUGCUGCUGUCGGCGCUGCACAUGCUGGCGGCGGCGCUGGCGUGCCACCGGGGGGCCCGGCGCCCCAUGCCCAGCGGCACCCGCUGCCAGGUGCUGCUGCUCAGCCUGACCUUCGGCACCUCCAUGGCCUGCGGCAACGUGGGCCUGCGCGCGGUGCCCCUGGACCUGGCCCAGCUGGCCACCACCACCACGCCCCUCAUCACGCUGGCCCUGUCGGCGCUGCUGCUGGGCCGGCGGCACCACCCGCUGCAGUUCGCCGCCAUGGGCCCGCUCUGCCUGGGGGCGGCCUGCAGCCUGGCCGGGGAGCUCCGGGCGCCGCCCGCGGGCUGCGGCUUCCUGCUGGCCGCCACCUGCCUCCGCGGCCUCAAGUCCAUCCAGCAGAGUGCCCUGCUGCAGGAGGAACGGCUGGACGCGGUCACCCUGCUCUACGCCACCUCGCUGCCCAGCUUCUGCCUGCUGGCCGGCGCCGCCCUGGUGCUGGAGGCCGGCGUGGCCCUGUCGCCCGCGCCCGCCGACGCCCGCCUCUGGGCCUGCAUCCUGCUCAGCUGCCUCCUGUCCGUGCUUUACAACCUGGCCAGCUUCUCCCUGCUGGCCCUCACCUCCGCCCUCACCGUCCACGUCCUGGGCAACCUCACCGUCGUGGGCAACCUCGUGCUGUCCCGGCUCCUGUUCGGCAGCCACCUCAGCGCCCUCAGCUACGUGGGCAUCGCGCUCACCCUCACGGGGAUGUUCCUGUACCACAACUGCGAGGUCGUGGCCUCCUGGGCCGCCCGCUGGGGCGUCUGGCGGAGGGGGCAGCCUGGCAAGGGUCGUUGAGGCCCGCGAGAGCGCAUGGGCCGUCUGGAACAGCCCCCCCGCAGCCUGGACCCGACCCUGGCCGGUGGCCGUGGGACAAGCCGAGAGCAGGCAGCCGCUGGGCACGGCCCCCUGGGGGGCUGGAUGGGGGCCACCCAGCGAGACACCC